AUGAUGUACUUGUUGUACAAAACGAUAACCCGAGCGACGAUAUCACCGUUUCCCAUACUACCGCGCGACGUCGACCCCUCUGACGAUGUCGUCGAUAACCACGACAUUAGCGCCAUAAUAGUAGCAACAGUAGUUCCGACAACCAUCAUAUCUACGUUAUUCGCGUUUGCGCGGUUGUACGUCAAGGGAUGGAUCCAGCGCCGGAUUCAAUAUGACGAUGGGAUUCUCCUGGCAGCGGUGGUGGUGGGAUGGACGGCGACUGGGACGACGCUGAAGGCUGUCGCGCUCGGCAAUGGGAAACACGUUGGCAUAUCCGCUGCUACGAAUGCUUAUCUCGCCAUCUACGUGGCACUAUCCGUUCGGAGGCUGAAGAUUGCACGAAGAAAGAGGCUGGCUAUCACGAUUUCUCUUGUUCUGGGUCUACUUGCAUUGUUUACCGCCUUAUUCAAGUGCACAAGACUAAAGUCCCUAGGAAGCCCCGACUUCACUUACGACUCAGCGGACCUUGUAAUAUGGACGAGUCUUGAGGCAGACGUCGUCAUUAUCGCCGCAUGUAUUCCAGCACUACAGCCUCUGGUCGAUCAUCUCUUCCCAGGGCACUUCUCAACGCCGAUGCCAUCUCCAACUAUCCCGGCUUCACCGACCUCUACCGCCUCGAGAAGGAAGUUAUGGCCUGGUCCCACAUGCGGCGACCUUGAGGCCGCAAGAGAUUUCAGCCUAUCUCCACAGGGUCUUGAGAUGAUCAUGAUCGAGAAGGAAUUUGAGAUUGCCUACAGCAGAACUACAGUGAAGAGAUCCUGCACAUCCGACACAUGGGUUUCGGAAUUGCCGGAUGAGGAGAAGUUCAGGAUAGUAAAGGAUCAUGGGCCCGAUGGGUCAAUCACGACGACGGUGGUGGUGAGAUCUGCAACUCGUCCACCGGAUCAUCCGGCUUUUCCGCCUCAAUGA